AUGCCCGGCAUCACUGAUGAUCGACAACCACAAAAUCACGCAUACAACAAAUCAGACCAAUUAUAUGAAGGCCCAGCAUCACUAACGAUCGAUAAUACAGCAAAUACCAGCACUUCCCAACCUACUAGUGAAUUAGUCGACCUCACGUCAACACCACUUGUCGAUCCACACAACCACAAGUUUAACGCUGCCACAAUCCUACAACAGACGAAACAGACUGACCAAAGCACAGCCAUGCAGCAAGCACAUUGCACACUAGAGCAACUGCAUGAAAAUUCCCUUCCUUUGAAUACAACAAUGCCAACCUCCCCCAGUUUCCGGCUUCACUAA